AUGUCGAAGCAGCCGGUGCGGGUGGUGGCCGCCCCGCAACAACCCACAACUAUCCCACAAAGGAUACCACCAACCGUUCAUGUGCCACCGAACACUGGAAGAUCCUACAACGAUAUGAUGGAGAUAGCCGAACGGCAACGAAAACAAAUCGAGGCGAAUCGGGUGGAAGAAGAAAGGCGAACGAAAGCGAGAACGGUUGGUGGAGACGUGCGGGAAAGACUGCAGCAGAAACAACGAGGAGUGGCCGAGGGGGAAAUGGAAUUGCAGAGAUUGCGAGAGCUUGAGCAGGCGACGAACGCUCUCCGCCACAAAAACAACGAGUCGAAGAAGAUGCUUGGCGGAUUUCAGGUUGAAUUUGAAAAUCAAGAAGCGAUCUUGCGACAAGUUUGCACGCGGGUUUUCGGCUUAAGGGCACAGGUUGAGGAGCUACGCCGGAGAAAAGAGCGAGCCCGGGCCGAUGCCGCGGAAGUGAAUCGAGUCGUGCAAACACAAUUGCAGGUCCGACAACACCAUCAACAAAAGGUCGUCAAAGAGGAACCACCACAAAUUCGACCGCGAGCCUCCGUUGAGCCAUUCAAUGUUCAGUUAGCAAAACAAUUGCCAUCCGAAGAGGUCAAGAAGAACAUCAUCGAUCGACGAGUUGACGUUGAAUACAACCAAACUCCAUUGAUGGUUUGCCCUCCAGCUGAUGACACUGCUUCCGAAUCAUCUCAGUCCACUGUACCCUCUCCACCGGCUCCUCCACGUGAAAAAGCACCCAGCCCCAGCCCCAGUCCGCCAAAGGACCCACAUCCCUCCAAUCCGCCACCGAUUCCACCGCAACCAUCGGAAAAAGAAAUCCCGCUACCCGUGGUCAGCUUGACAUCAGCAAAAGCAUCACUUUCCGUGACAAUCGAACGGCCUUCCACUUUGCCUCACGAAAUGAUCCCUGAAAAAACGACAAUUCCUGCUUCAUCUUCAACGAUUCCAAGUGGUGAUCCGAUGGAAGAAGUGCUACGAUUGAGGCAAUCGAGAACCGAUCUCGUCUCACUCAGACCCCAUUCACUUCAAGCGACAAAAAGAAGAUCUUGGGCAGCCUCCGAGUCGUCGACAAUGCCCGAGUUGGAUGCCAUCAAGCGGGCAAUCUUGGACGCGCAAAAACGAGGCGAAACUCAUUUUGCUCCACAGGUCACAGCGAAUGUGACGGUACCAAAAAUUGUCGAGCCGAUCGCGGAAGAGACAAACGUUUUGGCACCCGUGAAAGAAAUCGAUGAGAUUCGAGAUGCGGCCACUGAUGAGGAGAGCACGGAGACGAAGAGUGACGAGGAAUCGACAAAGAAUAUGGAGAUCGAGAUCGCGCCCGAGAAGAAGGUGAUCAAGGGAAUUUUGAGACCACUCGGGCUGAAGAAGGAACCACGCCGAAUCGAAUUCGACCCAUUAGCUCUUCUCUUGGAUGCGGCUCUCGAAGGAGAAAUGGACCUCGUUGUUUCUUGUGCCAAAAAGCUUCCCGAUGUCUCAGCUGCGAAUGAUGAGGGGAUCACCGCUCUUCACAAUGCGAUUUGCGCAGGUCACUACGAGAUCGUGAGAUUCCUCAUCGAUAAACAUGCUGAUGUUAAUGCUCAGGAUUCUGAUGGUUGGACUCCCCUUCAUUGUGCCGCUUCUUGCAACAAUUUGCCGAUGGUUCGCUUGUUGGUUGAAGGCGGUGCUUGUUUACUUGCGGCCACCCUUUCCGAUAUGGAAACACCAAUUGAGAAAUGUGAAGAAGAGGAGGAUGGCUACGAUGGUUGUUUGAAUUACAUGCUCUCGGCUCAUAAUGCUACUGGUGUCGUCAAUGGAGGAAAGAUCUAUGCUGCUUAUUCAUAUGAUGCUCAAUAUGAGGACGAGUUGUCGUUUGAGGGUGGCGAUGAGUUAAGAGUGCUACAGAAAGAUGAUGAGGAGAAGGGGUGGUGGAGAUGUGAACAAAAGCUGACGGAUGGCUCGUUGCAGAAUGGCCUUUGUCCGCGGACAUAUCUCUCCUUGUAUCCAGCAAUCAAGUACCGCCAAAAACUCAACUUCGUGCCCUUCCAAAUCCCCAAUGAGUCGAACAACAACGCAGCAGAAAAGCUGGGCAAACCUCAA